AGCUGCAAACAGACGAUUUCAAGCUGAGUGCUGAGAACGAAGGGGAGAUGUUGAAGGAAGGAUUACGACUACGUUUGACAAACCAUUACCGAACCACUUUGGCCGACAUGCCGAUAUCUCCCAUUCUUGGAGAAAAGAACGCCAAACUCAACAAAUUCUACGUGGCACCGAAAAUUGUGGAGAAAGAUCAUAGAAAAAUCUGCAAAAAUGACAACAAAAGAAAGCAGUAAAAAUGUUGCAAAGUUUUCAGAUGUUUUCUUUAAAGAAGGUCAGUUGCUCAGAAAUAUUUUCCUCGUUGGUGAACCGGGCCAGGGAAAAUCUACUUUCUCCGUAAUGUGUGCCCUGGAUUGGACUCACCAAUAUUUACCAGCGGAGGAAAACGUCGGUAUUAAAACAAGCUUCGCCGACCCAGAAUUCUUCAAAGAGUUUGCAUUUUUGUUUCGAAUCACCUUACGAGAUUCAGGUAAAACGUGUGAUCUAGCACAAAUGAUCAAGGAUCAACUUAUACGUAAAAUCUACCACGAGAAGGAUGCCGAUGAUGGCUACCGGCUAUUACAGACGGUGCUGGAAAGUGAGAUAUGUUUAAUCAUAUCUGACGGCCUCGACGAAUGGACCCAUUCGGAAAACGUAAACUGUACCUGCACAUCUGAGGAAAAAGUCAUCCCUUUCCGAAAUUCGGCCAACAAGUCCACACUCCUCACGACAACGCGUCCUUGGCGACUGUCACAGUUUAGAGUGCAGGAUUCAAAGAUCGACAAAUAUCUUGAAAUAGAAGGAGCUGCAGACACAGAGCAACUCGUGGAAAAUAUCCUCACCAUCCUUAAUGAGGGAAAUACGGAUGAACGGACACCAGAGGCUUUCAUGGAAAUGGUGUCAGAGAAGAAUCUUAAAGGAUUAUUGUCAGCACCUAUCAGUAUCACCCAGCUCGUGUGCCUGUGGUUCGAGGGCAAAUCGUUAACCGAUUCAAAGUGUGACAUUUAUGCUGGCGUGAUAAACAUGCUAUCAUGUAGACUUAGUUAUAUGCAAAGCGGGAAUAACAUUCCGGAAAUUGAACUGCCAUCCGUAUUAAAGGAACAUGAAUGCUUCAUGCAAAAUCCCAUGGUUUACCUCGCGCUGGCAAAGUUAGCAUACACAACUUUGUAUUCAGAGUGCAGAGAUUCCUCUGUUGUUUUCAGCAACAAAACAGUCAACGCUUUGUUAAACAGGGAGCAGGUUGAAUUUGCAUUGAAGUCAGGCUUACUAACGGAGAAGAAAUCCAACUCAUUGAUCAAGAGAUCAUCUCACUUUUCAUUCUUUCAUAAAACACUUCAAGAGUUUUUAGCGGCUCUUCAUUUAUGUUUGAAUGAAAACGACUUCAGUCAGCUAUCAAGCAAGUACGAACAAGAUAAUAAGGAAAAUAUCUUUGGAGAUGACAUUUAUUUUCAUAUUAGAGAGGCUGAACUACUUCAGGACCUGAUUCUCUCCGAACACCGUGAAGCCAGGGCGAACAACUAUGGUGACAUACCGCUCUAUCUCGCACACUUCGAGAUUGAUAGUGACGAGGAUGCCGUAGUGUUAAAAAAGCUGAUGAUGAUAAACAAGGAACGUUUUCAGUCACUAGACAUCGAUAGAUGCAAUGAUCAAAUUAAUGGGGAAGAGCUGCAGGAGGUAAUCACAUCCUCCUCCGACUCCCUCAAAGCAGUGGGACCGUGUAGACGUGAUGGGCAGUAUGACCUGUCCCAGUGUCACAGGCUGGAACAUCUGUAUAUAGAGGGGUACAAUACAACACGUGUGCAGGUUGAUCCAACAAAUAUUACAACAUGUGACUUAGAUAGUGUAUCAUCGAAUGUUGAAAUGUACAUAUUAAGAUUAUUUAAACACGAUCAAAGGUGGAGUAAACUACAACAUGUUGAUUUAGGUGACGUUAAGAAUGUCCAGUUACUUGUGGAUACACUACCAAGUCUCCCUCAGUUACAAAGCCUUGUGAUAUAUCAUACAGAUCUAGGUGAGCUCCACCUCCUCCCUCCAGCCUCCAUCACCGAUAUUACACUUGGGUGGGUGACAAUGACAGCGGAGGCGAUGCGGAGUCUGAUAGAGACGAUGAAGAACAUACCACACACCAUUACAUGCGACAUGAUGGUCUGCACGGUGAAACCUGCCAGUGAGAUGAAAGACAUCCGAGAACAUAUGGACAGUUCGCCGUCAUUCGAGGUUCUCAGAUUUGUCGAUACGAGUGAACGGCUUUAUUUCAGAUUCACCAAAAUGUGA